AUGCUUAAAUGGCAACGCACGCAAAAAAUUAUGGCGCUUGUACCUCCCGCAAAAGCACCCUCCGAUGACAGCAGCACAUCUGAAGAUGAAGUUAUAAUCAAUAAUUACACAAAACCGAAAAAACAACAAUCAUCUGACUCAGAACACAACUACGAAUCAUCUGAACCACGUUCUUAUCCCUCUGAAAUUGAUGACUUAAGCUUAGAUUCACAUUCCGAAGAUGAGAUUCCUGCGACGCCAUCACCUAGGCCACUACAGCUACAAAAUGAAAGCAAGUCAUACUUACCCAAUUCCAAAGAAAAUUCUCGUCCGACGACGCCUCCAUCGCCAACUCCGCCUCAACAAAAUGAUUGCAACAUACCUGAAGUACCAUGUUCUGAAGUCCAAACUCCGAUUUCGUCUGCGUCGAUGCCACAAGAUAUAAUGAAUGAUUCCAUACUCCACAUACCAACAAUUCCCUUGUCUCCUUUAAUUAACCAAAUGUUUUCACCAGGCCCGUCAAAUCAGCCGCUCCCAUUCACACUGAAUUCGGUCUCAUCAGUAUUAUCACCUAACAUGUCUCCAGCAGCACCUAAUACACGUUCAAAGCGACGACAGAACACAAAACCUAAACACCCAGCGGCAAAAAAAGUAAAGAAGUUUGUAAGAAAACCUCUAUCAUUCAAAUUCAGAGCAGGAAAACUACAGUACCUUGCAACUGGACGUUCUUUUCGAUCUUUAGCAUUUUCGUUUAGAGUGUCAAAUAGUGCCGUUGGAAUAAUUGUCAGAGAGACUUGCAAGGCUAUAUUUGAUAGUCUAGUAUCGCAUCAUAUGCCUAUGCCAACCGACGAAAUGAUCCACCAAAAUGCUGAAUUAUAUUGGUCAAAGUGGGGAUUUCCUAAUUGUAUUGGUUCGUUGUACGAAUGUUUAAUCGACGACGAUGGCGACGAUCAACUUAUCUCUCAAGCAUAUGAUCAGCUCAUUUCCCAAGCAUUUGUAGAAAAUAAUGAAACUGAUACUUCAGUUUUAACCCAUAAUGAAGACUCUGCCAGCCAUUUAAUCACGCUUGAUGAUUUGCUUGGGCGUUGUUCUACUUCUGCAAAAACAUUAAAAGAACUUGCUUUGGACGCUUUAGGCGAAGCUGAUAGGAAAAAAAAACUACGAUAA